CCUGCAACACAUUUGCUGCAACCGAACCAAAGCAACUCAAAGCAACUCGUGCCCAAACAGCAAGCAAAUCCCUUGUGACCCAGCCCAACAACCCCGGUCGAGAUGGCUGACUACUACCACGGCGGCAGGAGCAUGUACUCGAGCACCGACGAGUGCUACGACGCCGGCAGGCACGGCAGCCGGAGGAUGUACUCGCACACCGACGAGUGCUACGACGACGUCGACCGCAGGAGGCCGGGCGCGUACGCCGACGACUGCUACAACGGCGCCGGCGGCUACGGCGGCGGCAGACAGGCCGCCGUCUACUCCGACGAGUACUCCCGCGGCGGCUACGGCUACGGCGGCGGGCAGGAGCACUUCAAGAGGGAGGAGAGGGAGCACAAGCACAAGGAGCGCCUCGGCGAGAUGGGCGCCCUCGCCGGCGGAGCCUUCGCACUGUACGAGGGGCACCGCGCGAAGAAGGACCCGGAGCACGCGCAGAGGCACAAGAUCGAGGCCGGCGUGGCGACGGCGGCGGCGCUGGGCGCCGGCGGCUACGCUUACCACGAGCACCGCGAGCAGAAGGAGGCCCACUACGAGGGCCAGCAGGAGCACAGGGUGCCGCACGGCUACUACUGCAACUGAUCAUCAUCCAACUGACCUGAACGAUCCAGAUCGAUGGUAUUGGGUAUUGACGACGACGAUAUGCCCAUGCACGCCACGCUCGUCGCCGCGACUGCAUGACGAGCGUGUAAGUAAAUAAGAGCAGAUGUCUGUCAUCACCUGUGUGUGUUGCUCACUACUACUGUUACUACCGAUCGAUUGCGAUAAUAAUGUAAUCACUCUGCUGCCUCGGCAGGUAGCGUCAUUACUAAUGCGAUUAAGUUAUGUACAGCAGUGUGUAUCAUCUCAGCUAAUAAGUUGUAGCUCUUUGUUUUUGAUC